AUGGUUCCCAAAAUCUUUCUUUUCGCCAGUCGUGAAGACUUCAUUCUCAAGAAUCAACUGGAGAGUAUUUCUGCCCAGGGAGAAGAAAACUUGGAUUUCACCGUCAAGAGUAAUCGGUCGAAUCUUCCCACCCCCACUCCCCCGAAUUCUCCCUGCUUCCCCAUUGAAAAGGUCUUUCGUCAACGUCAACAAAGCUGCUUGGAGCACGGCAAUUCCGUUCAAACAGACCCGGAUAAACUUAGUUCCAGCAUGGAGUCUCGAUCUCAAGUAAACUCUUCAACAUGUAGACUCCUUGAGCACUGGAAAGCUGUCGCAAUCGACUCCCAAAAAGAGAAUCAGAUGCUCAAGUCUCAAAUUAUCGAAGUCGAAGUGCAAAACAGAAACCUGAUUGAUGCACGGAGUCGAAGAGAGAUGAUGAGCAGAGAUCCAAGGGAGACGAUUGUGUACGGACUCUUACAACAAAGUUGGCAACAGAGUCAACAUAUUAAGGAGUUGGAGAAGGAUGCAACUUUCAAGAAUAUGGAUGGCCAAUAUGAAGUACGACUUGGUCCUAAGCAGAUCAACGCAUUCAUGGAAAAGAUGAAAGUGGCCUUAGAGUCAAUGAUGCACAAGAACGGGAUAAGGUUACUAUGGCCUGCUUUGGAUACUAUGGAGGCCAAUUCCGAUCUCCAGAGCCUUCUUUAUCUUCUGUUUGAAACUUGGACAAAUCUGGAACUUGCGAGGACUAGGAAAGAUCUGGAUCCCCAGCUCCUACUUCGUGGUCUCGCAUUGGCAGCGGUGAAACAGUGGGUUUUCAUGACAGACUUCCCAGGCUUCAAGGAAAACCGCCUAUCGAGGGCGCAGAUUAAAGCGAUGUCACAAAGAGGUGGUUGGAAAUGUGCUCGCAACCUUGCGCUGGCAAGUUAUAUCAGUAUAAUACGGGAUCCUUCUUUUCCAGAGGAGGAUUUGCGUGAGCAAACACAAAAUCUCGUGCUGCGAUUUUCUAGGGCUCUCGCUCCACUUUGCAGAUCGCCACAUGAUUCCGAAAAGAUUCUCAGUGACAUGUGGGUUGACGCAGAAGGUACAGUUGGCGCAUUGUUUAAUAUAGCUUUGACUUUUAAAGCCGGUACUGUUGCCACUGAGAAGCAGUAUGAGUUUAUCGUAUAUCCACCGGGCACACCAGGCACACCAGCAGCUGGAGCUAUCCCGAUUGCAGAAAAUCUUUCUGUACCCAAGCAAUCAGGGAAAGAGACGGUUUGUGAGGCUUGGAAACAUGCCUCCUUGUAUGUUUAUGAGGUAGAAUCAUCCUCUGAAAGGAAUGACUUUGCGAACGCUUUGGUCAAACCAAGCAAUUUCAUUUUGCGAGAAGCAGAUGUGCGCGAGAAGAGAUGUUGUCUCAAAAGUGUGAUGAUGAUCUCGAAAGAAUUUGAUGAAAGCCAUUGGGAUGCCGACGAGGAAAUCGGUUCGAUAGAAAAGGCCCAACUUGGAGAAGAUACGAUGGCAGUUGACAUAGGUAAAGAACAAAAAGUCAAUACAGUCGCUGGAGAUGCAUCAAAUGUCAUGGGCAAACCCGAGUUGGUUGUCAAGAAUAUUCUACAAUCGGGCGUGGAAGCACCAAUCGGCAAUCGAACCGGUAAAUACCCCCAGAAAAGGUCCGGUCAGCGCAGCGAAACAGCACUAAAAUCUCCAAACUUGUGUUCAAUCUGCUUGAGCGCAUUUUCUGCAACAGUCUUUGAAGAACACCUGAAAAAUAGACCUGCAUGGUGUCAACCUCCUUGUUCUGCAUGUGGUGGUAAGUUUUCUCGAAGCUCGGAUAUUGCCAAGCAUCAACGACAUCAGAAGAAAGAGAACACCAAAGAGGAACUGGGCUGUAGCGAGAGAGGGGAGGCAUCUGGCCUUGAUAUUCUGGCAGAACUUGCAAGAAAACAGACUGAUGUCACUAGUGUGGCGCCAGAAAAACCCCACAGUCAUACCACUCAGAUGUUGAAGACCAGGAGAUCGAUGCGGCUGAACGCCCAAGACGACAUAGCUCCUGAAAUGGAAGGCGACAUAGUUCCUGACGUGGAAGACGACAAUACCUGCGACCCCUCUACAGCUGGCAAAACAGGACUGAGAUCAGCAAAUCUGAAGUCUCCAAAAUGUGAAAAGUGUGGUGUGACGUUCAAAAGUAUUGAGGGCCUCGCCAAACACCGGAGAGCCAAAGCUUGUAAAAUAUGUCCCUUGUGUGGAAAUUGGUUUGGCUGCAGGAAACUGUCCAGACAUGGUUGCACCAAACAGAAAGCCACAAAUCCGGACUAUGGCCAAAUGCCCCACACCGAGAGCAAUGGGACUGGUGAGCACCAAGCAUCUACCGCAACCAAGCAAGUGAGCCCUCGUACGUCAGAAGAUAGCACCAAAACUCAGGCAGAUCCGGUUUGUAGUCAAGCAGACUCUUCUUUGUACGGUGAGAUUGAAAAGUUUCCGAUCCCUGCUGAAUUUCUGGUACAAGAUUCACCAAAGCGACCGAGGUCCUGUGAGAACCAAUAUCGAAAAGAACUACAGACACCAGGAGAUGGUUUUGUUCACGAAGAGGCCGAAGGAAUGCGGCCAAGCAAAUUGCGUUGCUUGAAAGUCAUGCAGAAGGUGGCAACAGAGCAAGAAUGCCCACGUUUUGGGAAUCAGAGUGAUUCCAGAUUUGACGACAAUCAUGCACAAGCACCGAAUCCUUCUCAAUUUACCACCUUUGAGUUUGACCAAUGGCAGCCUUUCACUCCCCAAGAAUCCAACGAGCGCGGAUUACAAGAUUUGAACAGCAACUAUAUUGCGUUCGGAACUCAAGAUAAAACUUUCAUAAAGAAUUGCCGCUAUCCACUUGACGUUCCUCAAGCUUUUCAGAAAGAUAGUUAUGGAUUUCCUGCCAUGAGAGGAGAGAACUUGAAUGAAUAUCUACCUUCCGCUAUCUCUGGCCAGCGCCCUGCCUACCAAGGGCAUCAUACAGUAACGAGCAACAUGCAACCCCAAGGAUUGACACACCCAAUGACAUCUCAUGCGACGAGUGAAGGAGGCUUCGGCGAUUUCAUACGAAGAUCCGGGAAUACCAUCACUGACCUUCUAAAUGCCGACCUUCCGGGUGCCGAGGGAGUGGGUCAUGAAAAUUGA